AACAGCUUUAAGUUGCCGAGUCAAUACGCAACCUGCGCCCGGCCGCAGCCACACCACCAUGUCCGAAUUCAAGGUCGGUCAGAGGAUCGAAACAAAUACCCACCGCACGGGCAUAGUCAAAUAUGUAGGCCUUAUCCAUGUUGCAGAGGGCGCCUGGCUCGGCAUCGACCUGCAAGAGCCCACUGGAAAGAACGAUGGUUCCGUCCGCGGCGAGCGAUACUUUGACUGUCCGCCCCAUCAUGGACUCUUUGUGAAAGAAACAGACAUUCUCCGAAUAAUCUCGCAGCCUGCGCCAAAAGCAGCGGCACCGAAGCCUAAAGCCCCUGCACCUGCACCCAAAUCACGACCUUCGAGCGUCGUUGCGCCCAGACCGGCGUCAACGUCAACACGACCUGCCAGUGUCACCUCGCCCCCAGCUACUUCAAGAGCACCCAGCCACACCAAGCGCCAGUCAGUAGCACCCGCUGCCCCUCGCACCCCACUACGAGCUCCAACGCGCAAGCCAAGCGUGGCCAGCGCAUCCAUCGCAGCGCCGUCCCCACCUCCCACACGACCUCCGGUGACAUCGAGACCGAGCGCAUCCUCCGCGACGACAUCUACAUCACAACCAUCCACAAACCCGUUGAGAACAUCUACGAGAGACAGCAACGUUGAGGUGCUGCAGGUUAAGAUCAAGCAUCUCGAGAAACAGCAUGCGGAGGACCAGGCAGGACUGCAAGAGCUUUCAAAGGCAGAGACCGACCGCGACAAGUACUACGGGAUCGUCCAGAAGCUGCAGGCGAAAUGUCAGGCGCUUCAUCAAGAGUCUCAGGCCGCCAAGGAACAACUGAAACAAGCCGAAUUGGAGAACGAGCGGCUUGCCAAAGAAGCGCAAGAGCUUGAGUUCAACGCAGAAGUCGCAGGUCUCGACAAGGAGAUGGCGGAAGAGCGCGCUGACACGCUUGAGAGCGACUUGGACAAUUUACGCCGGAUCGCGGAAGAGCGGGACCUCGAAUUGGACAUCUUGAGAGAUGAAGCAAAAGCAUACACUGCGGACAUGUCUGAAGCAGAGAAAGAAGCAGCGGGGUAUUACCGACUACAGCAUGAGAAUGAGCGCCUCCGUGACGCAUUGAUGAUGUUGAAGGAGGUCACAGAAGAAGAGGCACACAAGAGCAAAGACCGAAUUGCCGAGUUGGAAGAGGAGUCUACUCAACUUGAGACAUUACGGGCAGAGUAUCAGACCCUGCAUGAGCAACGUGACAAGGCACUCGACGCCGCCGAAAUUUUCAAAGCUCAACUCGACGGGAGGAAUGAGCUGGACGACCUUGUGGAAGAGCUAGGAGUCAAGAUCCAGGGUCUCGAGGACAGGGUAGAGAACCAAGAAAUGGCAAUUAAAGAGCUUGAGGAGUUGAGAAACCUCAAUCAGGACCUAUUAGACCAGGGAGAGGAAGAGAUUCAAGGACUCCGUGCGGAACUCGAAGAUAAGGAAUCUGAGCUUGCACAGCUUGGCGAGCGUGCCCUCGAGCAGGCUGUGACAAUAUCUGAUCUGGAAGAAACGAACGGCAAAUUCAGAGACCUCGUCACGGAGCUGCUCACACAAAUCAAAGAAGCCGAAUCGACAAAGACUAUGACCGAAGCUCAAGUCAAGGAUACUACCGGCCGGAUCAAUGAAGUCAUGGACGUCAAUCGACGUCUUCGUGCCGCUGAAGUCAAUGCAACUAGCAAAGAGAUCACAUCAGAGCUGCGUCGACUGAAAGUCGACCAGACCUCUGAGAUGCUCGAGAUCUUGAGCGAGACACAGUCUCAAGAGUUUGGCAGAAGUGAGCCAAUGCAGGCGUACUUCACGGCGAAACGCAUAAUGUUCAAGUCAUCGAUGCUGAGCAGCUUUUUGGCAAACACAGACAAGCAUGCGGCUCAGAAGGGUGGCGUCGAGGAAGCAUCCUCGAAGCUGCUGAGCGUUGAGGCAAGCUACUACCUCGCACAUCUCAAGAGUGGAAGCGAGCGGAUAUCGUCUGCAAUGUCUGUAUCGACAUUGCUACAAUUCGCAACAUUCAGUCCUGCGUACGCUGAGUUGGCCGCCAUUGAGAGAAAUUUGGAUCACGGACUCGACGCACUGAAGGCCGACACGAUCGACUUUUCAGACAUGGCAACAUCAUUCAAGGGCUCGACAGAAGUGUACAAAGCUGUCCUUGCCUCCCACCAGGCGGUGUUGGACGAACGGCCUGAGGACGAGACGAUGUUGCGAGUGUCUUCGAUUGCUACAAGCUUGACAUACCUCGAUUCUACCUGCGCAGCCACCACCUUGAUGCUGAAAUCAUUGGCGACUUCCAGCGAAGAGCUCACCGAGGAGGCACACAAUGUUGUGGAUCGAUUCGCAGCGCCGUCUGCGAUCUGCAAUAAGAGCUUGAUGGCUGCAACACGAUUGCUGAAGACGUGCCGGGACCGCAGAGGAGAUGGCUUGUGUCCACAAUUCAAUGGCGAUCUUGGCUCUGUCAAGGAGGCCGAAGAGUCUCUGACCAGACUUGCACAAGAUGCAGCCAAGUGGUCACGUAACGUCUUGGAAGUACUGAGUCGUUCAGUCGAUCCAGAUGGCGUACUCGUGGAAAUUGUCGAUCUCAAGGACCUCCUGGUGCCGUUCUGGGCCGACCGCUCGAGCAAGAUCGACAGUCUUGUUUCCAAAUUGAACAGCUGGACUGAGUACGCUCUAAUGCUCAAGGACACGGUUGAGAUUCAAAACGGUCCUGCGCCGUGGACCGAGAAGGCCAAGGAGAUCGAGGCAGCCAGGAGACAGGUCGAUGAGGCAGCCAACAAGCUCCAGACAAUCUCUGCUGAGCAUCAAGCAACACUCCUGAAGUUGCGCGAGCGCGAACAGGUCAUCGAGACCAGAGAAUUGGAGAUCGAACACUUGGCUGCCAAGAAUCGUGAAGCCACUAAUAAGAGCGAGGAUCUACAACGCCUACAGAACGAGAUCGAAGAAGCACAAGCCGAGAUCAAGCAGCUACAAAAGCAAGACAAGGCUCAGAAGCACGAGAUCGAUGGCCUGAACGCCAAGCUUGCACACGCUGCACAGUUUGAGCCCGUCGAAUCAGAGGAGGCGCCCGCAGUUGCAACGCCUGGUCCCGAGCCUGCGGACGCCUCGUCACGCAGCGCACCAGCGAGUGUCAUGUCACUGCUCGACGCUCUGCAAGUCGAGAACCGCUGGCUGCGCCAGAAAAUUCAAGGGGAGACUUACUACGCGGAACAACUGGAUCUCUUCAAGUCCAUGCAGUCCAUCGAGAAGCGCGAGGCAAGCAAUUUGUCUGCUGCAACUGAGGAGCUUCUCAGCCUUGCUUGGUUGACCGAUGACUUCGACCAGCCUGAGACGCUCACUAGUAUCUCUAGCCAACAGAAUGAUGCUGCGAUCAAGCCAACGCUCUCGUCACGAAUCCAUCGAUCCAAGAGGGCGCCACUGUCUUUGACACCUUUGGCGACACAGCUCGAAACCAUCAAGGGUAAGGGACGUCUGCACUGGCAUGGAAUGGAUGAGCUGAGCUUUGCUGAUCUGUCGCCGACGGUGGAGUACUUUGAUAGGGAGAUGUUGGCGCUGAGGCCAUUGAAGAGUAUCAUAGUGCUCUGAGCAUCAAGCAGGUGCGUAUCAAGGCAUUGUGGUGGAGUUCUGUUAUUAUGCGAUAUACCCCAUGGCGGCUCGGCAUGCUGCUCGCAUUGGAUAGAGAUGCUGAAUAAAUAUACAUUGAUAUUGCAC